UUGAUUGUCAGUUGGUGUGCUUAUGUUAAAUUACCUUAAUUGUCAAGGUCAAAACCAUCUAAAUUUAACUUAAAUUUAAAAAUAAAUCAAAUUACCAACAAACAAAAAGGGGGACAAGUAAAAGCUCAUAGAUGGUGUUACCUUACUGAUACUUACCUGUUGAUUUGAUUAACUUUAUAUAAAUUAUAUUUUUCUCCACCAUUUACUUUACCAAUUAACACCUGAAAAGCUACGUUUUAAUCAACCACCAACAUGGUGUUUAUCAGUUUAAUUGUGACAUCAAAUUGUUUCUCUAAUUGACUUGAUCCACCAUUUUUAACCAUCACCUUUUUUUAACAUCUCUCCACAGAGUUAGUCACAAUUGUUUUUAACCAGUGUUUCUUUGAUUGUUUCAAUUCAGUAUUAUAAUUCAUCGUCUAGUCACACCAAUUGUUUUUCUCAAACAAUCAGUUGAUUCAUUUUGUAUAAACAAUUAUUUAUAUUGGCAUCAAGAUGGCGGCUGCAAGAGCGAGAACUGUUAUUGACGAUUUUGAAACGUUAAGUUCAACACUUGAAGAGGAAUUUGAUGAAAGUCAAGGUCACCAAUUAGCACUUCGGGACUGGUCACUCCUGUCAAAUUGGAUUAUGCAGUUUAUCAACGAAGCAAAAGCGAUUCCUGGUUUCAUGGAAAAUCUUUAUUCUAAAUCAAGUUUAGCUGAAAGAGUCGCUUCAAUUGUUGCCGUUGAAGAUUUGAAAGCGAGUAUGGAGACAACAGCUGAAGAGAUGAUUAACCUUUGCGAGACCAGGGAACAGAAAAAUUUGGACAAAGCGAGAGUUUUCCUCAGUAUUGGCCUUAGAUUUUAUAACAAUGAAAACUAUGAGAAAGCAAUCGAACUAUUUAACAGGGCUUUACUUUAUGCUCCAUAUCCGCAGGAUGUUGAAGACGAAGAAGGGCCAAAGGCGAAAAAUAUACUCUCCAUGAUUUUAGCUAAUCGUUGUCGGGCUUUUCGUAUUCGUAAUCGUCAUGAACAGGCUUUAGUUGAUUUGGAUAAUGCUAUUAAAUUCUCGUGUGAUUCUAAAUUUACUGAAGGUUUGUUUGAUGCCAGAGAUGAAGUUGAACAAGAAUUACGAAGCAAUGGAGCUGGAAAAGGACAAUAUGAACCGGAACAGUUUGCAAUUAGAGAUGAAUUUAAGAAUCCAAAUAUUCAUGGAGCUGUUUCAAUACUUAAAAUGGCCUACAAACCUAAAAUAGGUCGACAUUUAGUCACUACAAGACUUGUACGUCCAAGUGUUGCCAUAAUUUCUGAACAAGCUUUUGCUCAUUGGUUAGCACCUUCAUAUUAUGCCUCUUAUUGUGCCCAUUGUUUGAGGCCAUUAAACGAGCAACCUUGGCCUUGUCGAUACUGCACUUACUUUCGUUAUUGUACCGAGGAUUGUUACGAUGAAAGCUGGGACAAUUACCAUGGCUUGGAAUGUAAAUAUAUGCCUGUUUUAAAGUAUUUCGCCAAUGGUCAUCUCGCUGUCCGAAUGAUUUUAAUGAAUGGAAUUGAAAACUCUAUCGACGAUUAUCAUGAAGUAAUCACUAAGGAAAAAUUUCCAGUUGAGGCCAGAAUGAUCUAUCGUACCAGACUGAAGGAUGUUUUGACCUUUGUUACACAUGAAGAUCAUAUCGAUAAAUUGAUGACCACUGGCACUUUUACCGCAGCGUUUUUAACAAUUUUCUGUCGAACACUUCAAAUUAUUGAUGACGAAAUGAUGGAGGAUUUUGGUGGAUUAUUACUUAAAUUAUUGGCAAUUAUUCGAGUAAAUUCAUUGCUAAUUUCGGAUAAUACCAAGAAAGACGAAGAAGGCGAUGAAUUUGUCUCAAUUAACAAUCGACGAGCAGAAAUAGGCGCAGGAGUUUUCGGUGCAACUUCAUUCGUUAACCAUUCCUGUGAACAUAAUUGUAAUAGAGUAUUUGUUGGAAAUCGUAUGAUCAUUUCCGCUAAACAGGACAUUUAUCCGGAUGAGGAAAUAACGAUCACUUAUGGGCCAAGUAGAGAGCGAUUGGCCUACGCGGAGAGACAGAAAAUGAUCUUGGAAAGAUAUUUCUUCAAAUGUGCUUGUAAGGCUUGUUCUCGUCGAGCUUAAUCAACAACAAUUACCAUUUCAACUCUUCCCCAUUCAAUCAAUAAUUAAUUAUCUCUUUGAUUAAUUAUUCACAACUUGAGAUAAAAUGUCCAAAUAGACACUUACAAUUAUUUUUUCAUAUCAAAUGUCAAUCGAUUAACAAAUUUUUCCUAAUGUAUAGCAAACAAUUUAUUUUACUUUCCCUGACAACAAUUUGAUCUCAUACUAAUCAAUGCUCAUAUAACAACAAUUCCCAAACCAAUAAAACUUAAUUGUUGUUUAUUUUUACAA